AUGACGCGAAGCAAAGCCCCUUCAAAACCUUCUGUGCUCUGCGCUGGGCAGUCGACAGUUGAUGAAUCUAUCGAUAAUGGCCAUGUCUACUGUGAGGAACCUGUCAAUGUGGGUCACAUGGAGCUCCUCAUACACGCAAUGCUCAACGAAGAGAUGUACAACUUUGCGAUCGGGUUUGAGAAGUUUCAUCGCGCUGGUCUCGCCCUAGGUAUGGAGACGGCUUUGAAGGCACCAUAUCUUAUGCACCAAAUUCUAGCUUUCUCCUCCUGCCAUUUGGCACAUGCCAACCCGCACUGUUUAGCCUAUUACCGGAAUCAGGCUGUAACUUUGCAGACACGCGCUGUUUCGAUUUUCAAUACAACUAGAGCCGAAGUGAACCAGCUGAAUUGCGUACCGAUGCUACUCUUCUCGUCCAUGCUGGGUCAGCAUCUACUGGCGGAGAUACUCGCAGUACAGCCUUCAACCGACAUGGAGAUUUUUAUCACGCACUAUGUUCAGUGUAUAGAAAUGCACAGAGGAAUCUACACCAUUGCUACGUCCGCGUGGUCACUGCUGAUGAAGUCGGAACUCGAGCCUAUACUGUCCAUGAGCAAGGAGUUCACUUCUCGGCAGUCCGAAGGCGAUGAUUGUUCAACGGUCUUCAGUCUUAUUGAAGAUACGGAUGGUAUGAGCGCAGAGGAAAAACAUGCUUGUCGAAUCGCAGUCCACUACCUGCAAGUCGGGCUCGAUGCAGUACGAAGGGACGAAGAUUCGCCAAUCAGUCGGUACCAGAUGAUCUGCGAAUGGACUAUGUUGAUCCCCCCGGGAUUCACCGGACUCUUGGCCGCGAAGCAGCCUGUGGCCUUGGUAGUGCUUGCACACUACGCAAUCUUAUUACACUUUGGCAGGCAUCUAUGGCAGGUUGGCGAUGCGGGACUUCAUAUAUUGGCAAUCAUUGAGAAGUAUCUCGGAUCUCAAUGGGAUGCUUGGUUGUCAUACCCACGGGCAAGAAUUACCAGUUUAGUCUUGCGGUAG